GCUCCCCACUGAAUCUGAGCAUCCUUUUUUCUUUUAGCUAAAUCUUUGUUAAUUCAGAUCUCUUCCAAUGGUUUUAGCAAUUUCAAUUGCUUUAUCCAAUUUUUAAGAAAAGCUUUGAACAAAGCACAAAAGAAUGCCAAGCAACGGCGACUCUGGAGAAUCAACUUCAACUCAAUCACCUCCAAACCCUAGCUCCCGAAAAGCCGAGAGGCCACCGGUGCUGAAGAAGUUCAAGACUGUAGCACCGGAUGAUCCGCGGCCCACACCACACUUUCCGGGCCCACUUUUCCCCACCGUUCGUCGCGUCACGAGUCUUCCCCCGUCGUCCGAUCGACGUGCAUCCGUUGACAUCGAUGCCUCCGCUGAUAAGCAAAGUAGCCAAGGGAAUGUUGCUGCUAGUAGCCUUAAUCACGUUGAUGCUGUGAAUAGUUUAUCAGGUAGGGAUUGGAUGUAUCCUUCGUUUCUUGGGCCCCAUGCUGCGAGGAAUCGGUUGGUGACGGUUAAGCCGGCGUUGAAGCCGCCGGUUCGAGGAGAUGGGGAGAGAUUAGUGGAACGGGUUCAAGGUAAGUUGGUGGAUGAGAAGCAGCUAAGUAACACUCCUGCCAACAAGGAGGAAAUCAAAAUCGUGGCGAAUCAAGCUUCGACAACUACGACGAUAACUGAGAGGAGUUCGGUGAGUUCGUCGAGCUCGAGGAGGAUUCGAGGGCUGAAAUUGAAGCGUUAUUUCAUCAUCUUUUUGGUUAUUUUCAGUUGUAUAUAUCCUUUAACUUAUGUGUGUCAUCUGCGAAAUAAAGUUGCCAGACUAGAGGUAGAGAACAUUAACCUUCAUCGAUGUUGUAGUGAAACCAAUGUUGGUGGUAACAAUGGCAAUGAAGUUUUUCCGCCUGAAGCUGAUGGUUUAUAUAAAUUUUUUGGUAACGCUGACAGUAAAACUGUUGCUUUAUACACCGUAAUGUUAACCCUCACGAUGCCUUUUGUGUUGUACAAAUGUCUUGAUUAUCUUCCUCAAAUAAAGAUUCUCUCCAAAAGAACAAAGCCUAACAAGGAGGAGGUUCCCUUGGAGAAGAGAAUUGCAUAUAUGGUGGAUGUUUGUUUCUCUGUAUAUCCUUAUGCAAAGCUUCUUGCACUCCUUUUUGCAACAAUAUUUCUUAUAGCAUUUGGUGGCUUGGCAUUGUAUUCGGUCACUGACGGCAGCCUUACUGAGGCUCUUUGGCUUUCAUGGACAUUUGUGGCCGACUCUGGAAAUCAUGCUGAUAGUGUUGGAAUUGGUCCCAGGAUUGUCUCUGUCUUUAUAAGUUCAGGAGGCAUGCUGAUAUUUGCAAUGAUGCUAGGGCUUGUCUCAGAUGCUAUCUCAGAAAAGGUUGAUUCACUCCGAAAGGGGAAGAGUGAAGUCAUUGAAAAGAACCAUAUGCUAAUUCUUGGGUGGAGUGAUAAAUUGGGAUCACUUUUGAAGCAACUAGCAAUAGCGAACAAAAGUGUUGGUGGUGGAGUGGUAGUAGUACUAGCCGAAAGAGACAAAGAAGAAAUGGAGAUGGAUAUAGCAAAGCUGGAAUUUGACUUUAUGGGAACAUCUGUCAUUUGCAGGAGUGGAAGUCCUCUGAUACUUGCUGAUUUAAAGAAGGUCUCUGUAUCGAAAGCGCGUGCCAUUAUUGUAUUAGCAUAUGAUGAAAAUGCAGAUCAGAGUGAUGCUCGGGCCUUGAGGGUUGUGCUCAGUCUAACUGGGGUUAAGGAGGGUUUGAGGGGUCAUGUUGUGGUUGAAAUGAGUGACCUUGACAAUGAGCCCCUGGUAAAGCUUGUUGGAGGAGAUCUCAUAGAAACUGUUGUUGCACAUGAUGUGAUUGGCCGCUUGAUGAUACAGUGUGCUCUGCAACCUGGCCUCGCACAGAUAUGGGAGGAUAUAUUGGGGUUUGAGAAUGAUGAGUUUUACAUUAAAAGGUGGCCUCAGUUGGAUGGUAUGCAGUUUGAAGAAGUGCUCAUUUCAUUUCCUGAUGCAAUUCCUUGUGUCAAGGUUGCAGCAGAUAAUGGGAAAAUAAUCAUCAAUCCAGAUGAUAAUUAUGUACUGAAAGAAGGGGAUGAAGUUCUUGUUAUAGCCGAGGAUGAUGACACUUAUGCUCCUGGUCCUCUCCCAGAGGUAUGCAGAGUUAGCUUUCCGGAGGUACCUGAACUUCCAAAAUAUCCUGAGAGGAUACUGUUCUGUGGCUGGCGGCGUGAUAUUCAUGAUAUGAUUAUGGUUCUGGAGGCAUUUCUCGCACCAGGUUCAGAACUGUGGAUGUUUAACGAGGUUACAGAAAAAGAAAGAGAGACAAAAUUGAUUGAUAGUGGACUUGAUAUUUCUGGAUUAGAAAACAUUAAACUUGUCCACCGUGAGGGGAAUGCUGUCAUUAGAAGGCACUUAGAAAGCCUUCCUUUGGAGACUUUUGAUUCUAUUUUAAUUCUUGCAGAUGAGUCACUGGAGGACUCUGUAGUGCAUUCGGACUCUAGAUCUCUUGCCACCCUUCUCCUUAUUCGAGACAUACAGUCAAAACGUCUCCCCUACAAAGAUACAAGAUCAACUUCUUUACGGCCUGCCGGAUUCUCUCACAGUUCCUGGAUCCGUGAAAUGCAGCAAGCUUCAGAUAAAUCGAUAAUCAUUAGUGAAAUUCUGGACUCUAGGACAAGGAACCUAGUUUCUGUUUCGAGAAUCAGCGACUAUGUGCUGUCAAAUGAGCUUGUAAGUAUGGCACUGGCAAUGGUGGCUGAAGACAAGCAAAUAAACCGUGUUCUUGAGGAGCUUUUUGCAGAGGAGGGGAAUGAGAUGUGUAUCAAACCUGCAGAAUUCUACUUAUUUGAGCAGGAAGAGCUAUGCUUUUAUGAAAUAAUGAUUAGGGGUCGCCAAAGAAAAGAAAUUGUUAUUGGCUAUCGCCUCGCAAAUUCCGAGCGUGCAGUUAUCAACCCUCCAAGAAAGUCGGAACCAAGAAAAUGGUCUCUUGACGAUGUUUUUGUUGUCAUCUCAUCAGGUUCAUGAAUGCAACGCAUAGGAUACUUUCCUCUGUAAUUGUGCUAUUACUGAUCCUCCUCGAUUCGUCUAUAUAUGUCCACUUGCAUUUUCAACUGUAACUAGAGUUUCACUGAGAAAGAUAGCUUCAUGAAACAAAGGUAGGUAGAAUAGAAACCUUGAUUCGCGGAUUUAACCCGACAAUCAUGUUCUGCUACUGUACCGAGAUUAUUGUCAAGAAAA